GGGGAAAGGGCCCAGAUAGGGACGAAGAGGACCGACAUAGCGCGGAUCUACUCAAUCUGCUUGGAUGAGUCAUCGAUGAUCUAUGGAUCUGUCCCGCAGCGUGCGCCUCCUUCCCGCCUCCUUCACUCGCACGGCCGCAGCACCAGCAUGCAUCAUCACAAGACCGCAGCAGUCCAGACGACGAAGCAUCGCCACUCAGCCGGCAGCUGUACUUCCAGAUGAUUCAUCGCAGGCCGCCCACUUGUCUGCAAAACGCGGCGCCCCUUUCCCCGGCGGCAACCCUCUGGAUGUGGUCAAGUACCGCACGCCCCAUCAGCUGGUGCAGACGAUGCGGCAGCUGCUGCACAGCCCACACAUGACACUCGAGGAGAGGUUCCAGGGCCUCCAGUACUGCCUCGCCCAUGCACAGCGGUCCACUCCCGUCGCCCAGUCGCUCGCGACGCAGUGCCAGCCGGCUUUGCGAUCGUUGCAGGAGGAGUACCGGGAGGCAGUGGCGCACCGCCAGAUGCUGUUUAGCGCCGAGGGGCGGCGGCAGAUCGAGAAGAGCCGGGAGGUUCAGGAGAGGAUAGACGGCCCGGCCACGAGUGGACGGCGGCGGGGGAUGAUGUUCAAGAGGAGGGGGGUCGACUAUGGGAGUGGGGGUGGCGGUGGCGAGGUGGUGCUCCCGGCAGCGAGGUGUGACGCUCCUGUGUUGAUGCCCGAGGGCCACUAUAAGGAUGCGAUGGAGCGGCUGCUGUCCGAGGCCGUCGAGGAGGUGGCGGAGGAUGAGAAACUCCCACUCGCAAGACGGAUACCUCUCAUGGUCAGCCAGGUGGACCAACCUGAUGCAUCCAUCCCAUCCCAUCACUUGUGUGUGUUGUUUUGUGGUUUGUGGUGUGUGCCCACAGGUGGAGGAGAUGCUACCGAUAGACUUCACGGGUGUGAAGCCCAUCGACAUUUUGGUGGUGGACCGGCGCGACACGGAUGCCCACGCCAGGCAUGUGGCCAACCUUUCCGGAUGGCACGGCGAGGACGACGAGUCGCCACUCUACAAACCGCCACCCUACCCUCACGCAGCCUCCGUGUUCUUUGCAAUCCUCCAACACAAGAAGGGACCGCUGCAGCGAGGGUAAGUAAGGGGGCAUCUCGCUGGGAGUCCGUGUGUCUGUGCGUUCGUGUGUUGUGCAGGAAGGGUUACGACGUGGUGACGUCGUUCGACCUGCUGAGCCACCAGUGGGUGUUUGAUCGAGUGCGCAGCAAGGCCAUGCAGUUCUUCGGUCAGUACUGGCGGUUCGAGAAGCAGGACGACGGCUCCGCCAAGCGGCGGCUGCACCGGGACCUGCUGCUUUUCCUGCUCAAGGUGUCUGAGAAGCUGUUCCUCCUCGCCAUGCACCACCACGCUCCUGCACUCAGGGCGCGACAGACACAGCUGGAACACAGAGGGAAUGAGGCCAUGCAGAGGGUGGGAGGGAGGGAGGCAACCACACGAACGGUCUGGGCGAUUGUGAUUUUGUGUGUUGGUUUGUUGGUGUAGGCGUUGUUGGGUAGUCUUCACCUGCCGCCCCGUGGGUGUGACGUGCGUGAAGCGUUUGGUCUGCCGCGGCACCGCAGCAGCCCCAACCCCCUCAGCCCCACACCCAUCAUUUACUGGCAAUUCAAACUGCUGCAGAACAAGUGAGGGAGGAAGGCAAGGAAAUGACAGACAAGGGCAGCAGACCACAGCAAUGCACGCAUUGUGCGUGGUGUGGUUUGGUGUAUGUUGGCGGCAGGCCGUAUGUGUUGGACCUGCGGGAUGAUGACCGCAAUCUGCCGACGUGGAAGGCGGUCGAGCAAAUGGUAUGCACACGCACACCCACCACAAGGAGGGAAGUAAUGACAAACAAGAGCUGUCUCCUUCACCUGCUUGCAGCUGUCUACCACUCCCCUGAAACACCGUCGCUUCACUGCCUACCUGGUACGGUACACCAACAGCAUCGCACUCACUGACCUACUUCCUCAUCCAUCCGGUCGUCUGUUGAUCAGGAGCUGACAUGCCUGUCGGACGAGACGGCCCAGCGGUUCUGGGGCGAGGGCUCGCCAAGACCACACAGCGGCACAGGCGCCACGGGUGGGGCCUACAGCGCGCCCCUGUGCGUGGCCAUCACACAGGAGCUCCUCAUGUCCCUGGCCAAGUACCUUCUAGCGCUGUGGUCGCCCAAUGGGGCCGACCCCGCACUGAUGGACAUGGAGUAUGGGCCAGAUGACGGCCACCAUGUGGACAAGCCCACGGUGCCCGACGGACCGGUGAGCAACCAUGGGUGUCGUGUCUUGUGGGGCCCCAUCGACAUGCAAGAAGAGUUGUGUCCUCAGGUGACGGUGAUGGUGGUGGGUGUCGGUGCCUCGAGACUCGCAUUCUAUUUACGGCAGCUCUGGCAGGUAUAGGUCAUCACACACCCGUCCGGCACCCCAUACAUACACGCGCACAUGUAUGUAUGUAUGUAUGGGUUCUUCUGUCCACCACCAGUCCCUCCGCAAGUCGUCCCGGCGCACCGCCCGUGACCACAGCUCAGUGCAGUUCGACUGGGAGGGCGACGCACCAGCCUCCCCCGGACCAGCAGGUGACACCACACUGCCGUCGAGAGGCGGCAGGCGGCGGCGUGUGUUUCGUCCGUCGGCUGACAAGGCCGACAGUGCCGAUCAGGUGCCACAAGUCAACUUCAUCUCAGUGGCUGUCAGGUCAGGUAGAAUGAAAGGCAUCAGGCCGGGUGGGUGCGGUGCAAGGAUGAGAUGCGUGGAGUGGAUGUAUUGUGUUUCAGGCCAGAGCGGAUCGUCAACUCAGUGCGUCGCAGCGCAUGGGAUGAUGAAGCGCUGGCACGUGCAGCUGACAAGAGCACGACCACGCCCCCACUGCCAGUGGAGCCGGCAUGUGAAGACAGCUCUGAGACCCUCAUCGACUCUGCCACUGGUGAGUGAAUGAUGCAUCAGUCUGCUAGAGCAUUCGGCGCUCCCUCGUGCUGUCUAUCCAUGUGUGUAUGUAUGUAUGCUUUUGUCCAGGUUGUGUUCGUUUCCCGUACGACGAGGACGCCAAGCUGUCGGACGCAUUGCACAGGCACCAACCAAAGUGAGCCGCGCGUGUGCAUAUACACACAAGAGUAUGGUGACCUGUCCAUCCGCCUUGUGGCUGCUGCCUGCCUGCCUGCCUGCCUGGGUCCCUGCGUAUGUGCAGUUACGCCUUGUGUGUGGGGAUGCCGCCCGGCCGCGAUUGGACCUUCCACUUCCGCAAACACCCAUCUGUACAGGUAAGGUGGGCUGGUCACAAGCAACGCGCAAUCAAUGAUGGAAACAAAACCCACCUGUCUGUCUGUCUGUCUGUCUCUCUGCCAGGAGUACAUGGUGUUGGGCCCCCGGGAUUCUCCCCUGAAUGGCAACCUGCGGCUGACGUGGGGCCAGCCGCUGCUUUUCGACAAGGCCGACCCGUCCGACGCCCCUUUUGUGCGCGACGGCUUCAGGCGCUUCAACGCCACGGCCGUGUCCAAGCAGUGCAUAGGCACACUCGACAGCCCAGGUAAUUUGCGGCACAGAGAGUGACAAGCGAGUGGCCGUAUGCGUGUGUGCGUGUGUUUGUGGAGAUGUGUUGUGUGUGACUGUUGGUAUGGUGUAGAGGUGAUGGGCCACACGUGGGCGACGGUAUUCCGCCGUGUGUACAGUCUUGACCCCAAGGCCCGUACCGCCCUCGUAUUCCCUCCGGCUGCCAGCCUGGGGUGGUGAUGCACUCUCUGCACCAACCAGGGCAGACGGAGGAGAGAAACAAGGGGGAAAGGUGGCUGGGCUGGCUGCUAGAAAUGUAUGUGUGCUGCGUGUUAGUGAGUGCAGACAGUGGCACUGCAUGCAUUGAGGCAUUCGUAGGUGAUAGGCCAUGAAGGCGUUCUUGGCCGUUCUCCAGAUUCCGUCCAAACUCGCAAGUAUAGUUCUCCCGUUGGUGAGAAUGCAAGACGUUGUGGCAUCCAGUGUGCAUCGGUCCAGUCGCUUUUGACGUGAACAUCUGACAUCGAGCCGUGGGCGUCUCAACCUCUGUUCCAUCUGAAGCUCUUACUGCGCCACUUCU